AUGUAUUAUAACGGGAGAGAUGAAAAGACGAUGUACGAGGAGGAGGAGAAUAAUUGUAGAUAUGCUCGCCCAUAUGGUUUACCGGUGGCGAGGAUUUCAAAGAUGUUGAGAUUCACACCGGGUAAGAACGUUGACGUCAACGACAUUGAUGCUAUUGUUACGCCACCGGGUUACAGAGGGGACAGCUGGUUUUCAACGGAGACGCCAUCGUCAGUGAGCAGCACCGACCAAGACGGAUCCUUCGCAGAGGUUUGUCGCAAGCCACUUGGCCGCUUCCUGUCGUUUGACGUGAAGAGAAGCUUGUUUUCCGGCAAGCGUCUCUCGGAGCAAGCAGACGAUUCUCCCGUCACCAAGAGACUGCGCGAGACUGAGUCGGGUGUUGAUCGUUUUUCGUUACAGACGUUGUCUCCUACGUCAGAGAAUGAUGACGUCAAGUCAGUUGUUCAUCGCCUGUCAACCGACGACGACGUUAUUGCCGACGGUUCCUGUCAGUAUACCCUACCUACGAUCGCCGGUAAACACAGUGACUUGAAGGCUAUUUCUCCAGAAACGAUGAAUGACGUUCUUCAGGGUUGCUAUGACGACGAGAUAGAUCACGUGACUGUCAUUGACUGCAGAUAUCCGUAUGAAUUUGAGGGUGGUCACAUCAAGGGUGCCAUCAACUUGUACACACGCAGUGCUAUACGGGAGUUCCUCUCACGACACAGUUGUUCUCACGCUUCCUCCAAGAAACACGUGCUCAUCUUCCACUGCGAGUUCUCAUCAGAAAGAGGUCCUAAAAUGUACCGCCAUCUGCGCAGUGAGGACCGUGCCAUGAACAAAGACCACUACCCCCGCCUCAACUUCCCAGAAAUCUACCUCCUCGAGGGUGGUUACAAAGCAUUCUUCUACAAGUUUACGAAGCAAUGCUUACCCCAGACAUACAAGCCCAUGCUGCACAAGGACCAUGCCGCUGAUCUACGUCACUUCCGGGGAAAGUCUAAGUCAUGGACCGCCGGUGAAAGACGACAACUCAUGCGCACCACCCUUAGGUUUUAGUGCCAUCUGACCUUAGUGCUAAUGAACACAAGAAACGAAACAAGCAUAUCUGUGAUAAAAAUGUGCAAUAUUUGAAGUAAUGUGUAAACUUCUCAUGUGUUUCGUAAAGUACAACAGUUGCAGUAGGACAGCUGCAGGAUUCCGAAUUGUGAUUUGAUCAUCGGUGCUCCCCUUAAUAUAAUUGUUUGCCAUAUUUGAGCAUGGACUUUUGAUCAAGAAUGUUUCUUUUUUUGUCAAGAUUGAAAUUACUCCAACAAUGCAACGGAAACCAUAGUUAGGAAUGUACGGCUUAAACAAAUACGCAUUUCUGAUAAAAUAUAUGUUAACUAAAAAUUUAUGUGAAUUAAACAACAUAUUUUGGUGUAAAUGAUGAAACGAUUUUAACAUUCAACAUUACUGUUCUUUGACUAGCUUUCUUGUAUAUAUUGAUGUACAUACUAUAUUAUUUAUCAAUAUUUUUACUUUGUAUGCUUACUGAAAAAAAAGAGCAAUCAGAUGUGCUCAACGUGUUCU